AUGGCGAGCCUGUCGGACUCUGGCGGUGGCGGCGGCGGCGGCCGGUCCGGCGCGGAGCUGAUGGUGCCGCAGUUCCACCUCAAGGCGCUGCACGCCAUCCUCGCCGCGCGCGCGCCGCGGCCGAUCGCGCCGGCACCGGCGUCGGCGGCGGUGCGGAGGCGGGACCGGUGGUUCCACCUGCCGCUCCACGGGCCGCCCGCGGCGGAGCACGUCCCGGAGCCGGCCCUCGGGGAGCCGGUCGUGGUGGACGUGUACCUGGCCCCGUCGGCCGGCGGGGAGGAGGAGGAGGUGGUGGAGAGGUGGACGGUGGCGUGCGAGCCCUGGGCGCCGGGGGAGAGGGCGGCCGCCGAGGCGGGGGAAGGGCUGGCCGUCAACAGGGCCUACAAGCGCUGCAUCACGCUGCUCAGGUCGCUCUACACCACGCUCCGCCUCCUCCCGGCGUACCGGGUCUUCCGCACCCUCUGCGCCUCCGGCCAGGGCUACAACUACGAGAUGGGCCACCGCGUCGGCUCCUUCGCCGCCCCCUUCUCCCGCGCCGACGAGGCGGCCAUGCGCACCCGCGGCUUCCCCGCCGUCGAGACCCACCUCGGCCGCCUGGUCGUGUCCGUCCAGUACCUCCCCACCCUCGCCGCCUACAACUUCGAGAUCACGUCUCUCUCCUCCGCCAUGCUCAUCACCGAUUACGUCGGGAGCCCGGCAGCGGAGCCUAUGCGCUCCUUCCCGUCCUCGCUCACAGAGGGUGCCAGCUCGGCCUUGCCGCUGCCCUCACGGCGCCCAAACAGCUGGGUGUCGCCUGCUGGUGCCUACUGGCCGCAGUCGCCCGGGCAGCACGCCAAGUUCUCACCGCCCCCAACGCUGUACGCGGCCUCUCCCACGCCAUCUCCUCCCACGUUCGGUGGCGGCUACCUGCAGUCGCGGCUGAGCGGGGAGACCGCGCCAAUGAGCAUACCGCAAGCGGGCGGAGGGAGGGGCCCUGUCCAGUAUCGGAACAUGUCCGAUCCCAGCAGGGGGUUCAUGCUGCCUCCACCUUCACCCAAGAGCGUGCGAGGAGAGGCACGGUCGCACGAGUCACUCACAGAGAGCGGCCGCUCAUCCCGGAAGGCAGAGGGGCUCCGGAUGGCCGAUCUCUACGCUAACUUGCCUGCUGCUCCAAAGACUAAGGACAGUAGGGAGGAAUCUGGUAGGUUCUCAGGUGUUUUCUCCUCUAGUGGUUCCCCACGACAUGGGAUUUCAAGAAGUUCAAGCAGACUGUCUACACAGGAUGAUACUGAUGAUGCAUAUCUUCCUUUUGCUGUGGAUGAUGUCGAUGCACCUGAUUCCAGACCUGGGAGCAGUGGUGGUAGGGAGGACCAGUCGGGUACGUCCUCCCAUAAAUCGCAAGAUGCUGCUGUUGGCUAUCUUGUCCAUCUGCUGAGGUCUGCACGUCCGUUGCGAGAUCCUAGCAAUUCAUCUCUUACAUCAAGGGCCGAAUCUACUGAAGCAGGCAACACCAGCUCGUUCAUGUCCCGUAGAACGUCUGAUGCAUUCGAGGAGCUUGAAUCUUUCAAAGAUAUAAAGGAGAACCUGCUCUCCCGUAGUAGAUCUAGAAUGCAAAAUUCAUUCGAUAGAUCCUAA